AUGCCCGAGCGCCGGGCCUCGGCCUGGCUUGCGCCCAUGCUCCUUGCACUGGCCCUGCUGUGGGGCUGGUUCCAGGUGGGUUCGUCGAACAACCAGCAGGAUGUCCCCUUCGCACGGGCCCCAACGCCCACGUACACCGAUCCGCAGGCCGCCCGGAUGAUCGGGGUUUUCCACACCUCCGCGACUCCAAGCCUGAGCCAGCUGGCAGUCUUCCACAACACCACCACUUCGGUGUCCAUCUUCAAGCAGGAAGCGCUCAGCCACUCGCUCAACGAGCAGUCGCGCUCCGGAGCCGUCUUCAGCAAUGUCCCCGAGCAGGUACUUGGCGGCUCUCUCGACAAGAGCCAUCUGAGGGAGCUCAUGGUGGCUGCUUCGUCCAGCGGCCCGGUGCUGUUGGCCCUCGGCGACACGUGGGUCGGUGCCUGGAUCAAUGACAAGUGGGUCACCCAUGAUCUGCCGGAGUCCAUCUCGCUACUCGACUACAUGGCCCUCGGUUUGGAUGACAUCUUGCUUGCAGUACACUCGAGCAGCACCAACGCUUUGUACAUCGUCCGGCUGGCCGACACUGGCAAAUCCACGACCUACACCCUGGCAAGCCAGAUGGCCUGGUAUUUGUGA